AUGCUUCUGAUGAUGAUCAAGCGACUGGUGGCGAAGAUGCUCCGUCAUGCGACAUUCCGUUUCACUGCAGCCACGCGGUAUCUACUGGGCUUACCUCCCGUCGAUCUGCCACAUGGAAAGCAGCAGCUCCUGAGCACGAAGAGCGUCGACGACACAGUGCGGAGAGAACUUGCGGCCGAGUGGACUGCUGUAUUGGAAGAGAACAAGUGGGAGACUGGCGGUCAGAAUUUGCUGGACGAGACCGACAAACUCAGCCGCGAAGAUGCUUUUGGUUCCGCCACGGAAGACGAACUGAUCGAGCUGAGUGACGGAGAAGAGGGACCAGCGCUCGUCUCCUUGCUCGAUCCAAGCAGGUUCACCCGUUUGGUCUCGACCUGA